GAAGUUACCAAUGAGCAAAGUCCACCUGGGUUGAGUAACAGCACUGAUGAAGAAAGACAGGGUGGUGAUGGCCUUGCACCUGAGGAUAGCGACUCAGAAAAUGCCUCAGAUAACAGUAAGAGGAGGAAAUUAGGACCUGCUUUAUUCUCAAUUCAUUUACAAGAAAGGCACAUGUUAACUAGGAGUGCAGUCGAAUUUGUGGAAGAGACAACAACAUCGUUAAUACGAGGGAGCCUUUUACAUGUGCGGGGAGAGGUUUUAAACAUCCUUCAAAGCAGUGGCUUAGACAUAGACAAUCAAGUGCCCAUAAUAGAAGAGAUAUUUGAUAGAGAGAUGAAUCCAUUUGAAGGAAUCGAUUCUUUCUGGCUGAAAGAGCAGUUUAUAAAAAAGCAUUUCUCCUAUGUGGUGAGUGUUAAUAUUAUUGUAUUUACUUCAUGACCUUAAAAUGUACAUUUUUAUUUGGGCUUAUUUGGAGCCUGAGAAAUGGAAGAAUUUAGCCAGAAAUAUGUUCCAAGAAUAGUGGAGGUUUUUAGAAAAUUUGCACUAAAAGGGAAAUUAGCAAUGAGGUUUUGGAAGUAGAAACUCAUAACACAGCAGUUUGUACAGUUUAAUUUGUUGCAUCUCGCUGUUGUUUGUAGUUAGCUAUGAAUGGAGAAUUACUGGUAGGUAAAUAUAAUGACACCCAUUCAAUAUUUUUAUUUAUCUUAAGUCUCUUGAAUUUUGACUUUGUUGUAUAAUUAUUGCCCAACUUAGUGGGUAAUAAUCUUUACUUAUAUUCUGUAUUGCCUGUCAUUGAAUCCAAGAGUUUGUUCUCUUUUUUUAGAACCCUCGUGAGAAAGUCAUUGGUGAGAAAUGGAUAUUCAAAGGACAUGGCAAUAAGAGAAGAAUGCUCAAAGUAACCAGAAAAUUUUAUUACAUCCCACUUCUGGAGACCAUCCAAGAAUUUCUCAGAAACAGAGAAUUGCGCAGAGAAAUUUUAAAAGUAAAAGUGUUGUAUAAUGAUGAUGGAGUUUAUUCUUCCUUCUUAGAUGGAGCUUUGGCUGAGACACAUCCAGUUUUUUCCCAAGAUCCAAAUGCAUUGCAAAUUAUACUUUAUUAUGAUGAUAUCAGUUUGACAGCCUCUAGGGCUAAAAGAAAUAAGCUUGGCAUGUUUUAUUUCACUUUAGGAAACUUUAAUGCCACCUUCAGAUCUAGGGUUGACGCGAUAUCUUUGUUAGCUGUAGCUCAAUAUGAAGAUAUUCGUAGUUAUGGAGUUGACAGAGUGCUGACACUUCUAUGUGAAGAACUUGACCAACUCUCUCAACCAGCAGGCUUUGCCUUCAGUUUAGAUGGAUUUUACCUUCCCUUGAGAGGAGCAGUUGUUGCAGUAUCUGCAGACACCCCAGCAAGCAAUUACUUGGGCGGAUAUAAAGAGGGUGUAGGAGGUGCCCUGAGGAAAUGUCGACACUGUAAUACUGACUACGAAACAAUGCAGAGCCACUUUGAGGAAGAGGAUUUUCUUCCAAGAACAUUGCAACAACAUCAUCUUCAAUGUCAUGUCAUAGAUCAGUCGGAAAACUUGGGAGAUCACCACAGCACAAACUAUGGUGUAACAAGAAGGAGUAGUCUUUGUGACUUUCCUUUUUUUAAUGUUACACAGCAAAUGCCUCAAGACAUCAUGCACAUCAUUUUUGAAGGAGCAAUACCUUACGUUAUUGGACACUUACUUAGAUAUUACAUAAACAAUGAUAAGGCAUUUACCCUUGCACAAUUCAACAGUCGUUUGUGUGGCUUUAACUAUGGUUACUCACAAAUGGCAGACAGACUCCAGCCAAUCUCUAAAGACAUGAUACAAGCUGAGUGGGGUGAUGAAAGGGGAUUAUCAGGAUUUGGACAGCAAGCAGCAAAAAACUGGUUAUUUCUGCGAGUUUUUCCCUUCAUUGUUGGAGACUGGGUUAACAUGGAAAGUGAGCAAUGGGCAGUGUUGGAGAAACUACUUGCAAUAUGUAGCAUACUUGUUUCACCAGUAAUUCAUGUUGAAAGUGUUGCAUACUUAAAGACAUUAAUCAAAGAUUUUCUGUCUGGAUUCAAACAAACUUUUGAUGGAGUUAUUAUACCAAAGUUACAUUAUCUAGUUCAUUGUCCCAGACUGAUAUUAACUUUAGGCCCUCUUGUUAACUACUGGUGUAUGCGCUUUGAAAGUAAGCAUCAAUACUUUAAAAAGAAAAGCAGGAAAUGUAGUUAUAAAAACAUUUGUCUUUCAUUGGCAAAAGGCCACCAGAGAAGAUUCUCUUCAUUCCUAAUUUCUACAGAGGAGUGCAGUUUUCUCUUCAAGGACUCCAAUGGGAAGACAGAGCAUCUAAGUGGAAGGGAUUUCGAAAAUGCUAAGAGGGUAAUAUCUAAUUUUCUAGGGUGGGAGGCCUCUAAUAUAACCAAUGUGUACACUACAUCAUGGAUCAGUGUCCAUGGUACGAAAUACAUUCCAAAUAAGUGCAUUCUUUUAAUCAGAUCUGAAAAUGAAACACCCAUUUUUGGGAUGUUAAGGCUAAUUUGGGUAGUUAAUUUUCAGAUUCUUCUUUUCAGAGUUUCAAUGCUUGAAACAGUGGAUUUCAAUGAACACCUCAAUGCAUACAGAGUAAAAGAACCAGUGUUGGCAGCUGGUUUGGAUCUCAUUGUGCAAGACCAGUUAUUGUCACAUGAGGUUUUGCACAUUUACAACUUUGAUGGUGAUCAAUACAUAUCACCCAAAACUUACUUAAGUGACAUUUUGAAAUGA